AUGUCGACACCGACUUCUGGGCAACCGUCAGACGCCCACGCAAGUGAUGCGCUGGAGCAGCAAUACAGCACUCCGCCCGAGAUGAAGCUUGAGGACCGUAGACGAAACUAUCGCUCGUACCUCCGCGCAACCAGGGACGCUGAUUGCCUUUGGAUGGACUCGUUCUUCGACCAUCCGCCGCAGAUCGAUCAACCUCAAGGACAGGUCACAGCCUACAUCAGCGACGGCAGCCCCUGGCCAUUGAGGACUCGCUAUCUUGGACCGGGAGAUGAAGAGCAAGUGGCCGACAUAGUGGCGUCCAAAAACCUCAGAGCCAUUAUCCUAACGUAUUCGCACACGUGCCUGCUGGGAAGGCCGUGGGUAGAGAUUCUGGCUUCGGCCUUCAAUAUCAGUCCCGCCUUUCUUCGCCGUCACCUUGACUACCCGCGUCGCCUCGAGCGAGAACGGCCACUAGCAUCUACACACGUACACGUACAUGAGACAUAUCCAAAAGCCCUGCCAAGUGCGGGACAUCUGCCCAGCGAGACUUCUAGCACAACGUUCGAGAUUGGCCGGUAUCCAAAUUAUAUGUCGGCAUGGUUGCACGGGGAUGAGCUCGCGCCCAAUUAUUACGACGACGUGCACAACUCAGUUCUCACCAACUUCUCAGACUGGAAACAAUUCCUUGCUCCCUACGUUCGCUUACUCCUGAUGGAGUAUCAGUCUCAUAUUGCCUACGAGGUGGAGCUGCUUGUCUCCUCCAGGCGGCCUGGACCAACGGACCCUGGGCGGCAUGGGUCGACCAAAGUUGAGUUCAGGUUUAUGCUGGAUAUGCGGAUGGAUUUGGAAGCAUUUCGAAGAACCUUGGCCAAUUUCAUAGCCGCUGAUAAGACACAGGCCGAAUCGACACUCCAGCUGAAGGCCUUGCUCGAUGACUGCGACCAACUCCUCCUCCGCCUAGAGCAGGCCAUCAAGACAUAUUCGCAACUGCACAAGAACGAAGUGCUGGCCGAACAACUUCAGGAAACACGAGAAUCGAAGCAAGCCUCGAUCAGCGUGAACCGAUUGACCAAGUUGGCCUUUGUCUUCAUACCGCUCAAUUUCAUCUGCGCUCUGUUCUCAGCGAACCUGUUGAUCUUGGGCGACGGCGUCUCCUUAUGGGUCUUCGCCGUGGCAGCCGUGGUGGCCGUUACUCUUACUAUCCUUCCAGUCUUGGGCUCCAUCAUAUCCUACAUUCGAACUGCAUGGGCCUCCAUCAAACGAAACAUCUUGCGCCACGUCUGGUACGCCUUGUAUCUGGCUUGGCACUCGCCCCGCGCCGGUGUCUAUUACGCCUUGUUCUGUCUCUCUCACGACGCAGACACCAACGUUAUGUUGUGGAGAAAGGUCUACAUAUUCCGGUGGCGUUGGGAUCGUAUCUCGGACCUAUUGACCUUUGAGUUUAUCCCGGAUCAUGGUCGAGCGGAAGACAAGAUGUGGAAGAGGAGGAUCCAAAUCAUCAACGAUCUUCUCGGGGACCCCAAUGGGCACAAACGACGCUUCUGGCACUCCUGGCCAGGCUUCUCCCCCAAGGAGCAGUCAAGACCGUCGACACCGUCAUGA